UUCUUUGCGAGUACAGCGAGAGAAACGAUUUCUGACUUUGAGCCGAGAGCAAGAGAUUUUUUGGUAGAAAAUUGCGUUAAGAGAACAUUAUGACUGCUCUAGGGGUAGUUGAACACCUUAAGAACUUAGCUGCUGAUCCACAGAACAGAGCAACCAUUGUUAAAGAUCAAGGUUGCCUCGCAGGACUGGUUUUAUUUCUCGACAACGAAGAUGUAAAAGUAGUUGUUACAGCCUUGGAGGCCUUGAAAUUCUUGUCGGAAUUUCAACCAAACCGAUCCAAAAUGAGAGAAGAAAUAGGAAUGGUUAUCAGCUUAAAAACUAUCAUGCACAAAGAAGGUUAUAACGCGAAAGCAAGGCAAAUGGCAAAGGAAAUCUAUCAAAAUAUCAUACCUCCCGUCAACACAGCUUCAAGCAAAAGAUCCAGUGGCACAUCGCAAUCCUUCUUUCUAGGGAAUUUGAACAAGAGGGCAAAAGUAGUAACUCUGCAAAUCAAAGGCUUGGCAAACCAGAUUACUAGAAAGCUAUGUGAGGAAGAGCUAUUAAAAGUUAAAGGAGUGAUCAGCUUUACAUUUGUCAUGACUAAGUCCAGGUGUAUAAUAAGAUGCAAAGUAGAGUUGUCCCCAGAAAUGCUAUGUGAUGCCAUCAAUAAUACAAAAUUGUUGUCAGCUCAGCAAGUUGUCAGGAAUGAAAGAGGAGAAGAGGUAAUGUUGUCCUUUGGUGCAGCUCCUGUCAGUAGUUGUGGAAAAGGGAACAGCAGUGCAUUACCAGAUUAUCUUCCAGAGGAAGAUGACAAUGUAGUUAUUUCUGACAAGGCAAUUGCAAGGGUUGGAGGAAAUGACAAAGAAAAUGGAUGGUUUUCCAGUGUGUCAAGUUUCUUUAGCAAGACACUGUAUUGGUGAAAAUACAAAAGAAACUGAUUUAUAAAUGUUUGUACAUACCUAGCUAGAUGGACAAAGAGUGUUAACCUGAUUAUUUCUGGUAAAGAUAAUUUGUUUUUGUCCAGAUCCCUAGUUUUGAUCAGUCCUCCACUGUUAAGAUUUACACAACUAACUUCAACACUCCAAACCAAGGUUAAAACUUGUUUGGUUGAACUGUUAGUAACAAGGCUAUAAAACAAAAUGUUUUCUCUAUGGCCAAGUCAAAUUGUAUGACACCACCCACAGCUUUAAAUUUAUACACAGCUGGGUGUUUUAAUCAGCUCCCAGCAAACAGCAUGGACUGGAAAUGAAAUCAUCGCAGUACUCUAAAUUACUUUAAAGUUAUUGAUUGUCAUUAUUGUCUUUUCAUUCCAUGCUUGAAGAUUUGGCCAAAAAUUUGGCAUUUAAGAAACAGUGUUAGUAACAACGAAAAGCUUACAGUUAAUUUUACAGUGUAUCAUAAAAGGCAGGUUCAAUUCUUAAUUUCUAUUGUGGAAAGGACACAGUGCGAACUAGGCUUAAACAUUUAAUUUGUAAAUAGUUGCAAAUGUUAACAUCUGUGUACCACUAACAAUAAAUUGGAGGUUUUAAAAUCAGCUGUUUUACAUCAUUUUUCACAUUUGUAUCUGGCUCACUGCAUAGACAGGUUAACAUUAUCCGUAGAAGUGUGAUGAAUAUCACUUGACAUGUGGGCAACCUCAUUGUACCCUCUUAGAGAAUCCUGAUUCUCUCACAAGCGACAACUAGAUGCAAGCAUCCCAAAGUACUAUAAGUCCAGGGGGAACUCCCAUUUAAAAGGGACAGGGGCCCCCUAGAAGGUACCAGGAUCCUGUUUAGUGGGCAUGGCUUGAAAUAUUUUUUGCCCCUGUGAGGUACCAAUUCUAAAAUAUCACUAAUUUCCUAGGCUUAACACCCUAAGAGGUACCAAAACUGUGUUUUAACCCUAAAACGACAACAAGCACUGCCACCCUUUUUAUAAAUAAAUAAAUAAAUAUACAUUUAUAUAGCGCCAUUUUCCACUAAUUGUCCAUG